UGCAGCGCUGCGGGUCCAGAGAGAUGCUCCAGCUGCUGCCCUGCGGGGACCCCUCCUGCUGCACCCUGCUGCUCUGCCAUCGCACCGACACCGCCCUCAGCGAGCUCAAGGUGGCGUGUGAGAGCGCGGAGCACGUCCUGAGACAGACGCUGAAGGAGCCCUGGGCCCUGCUGGGAGGAGGGUGCACCGAAACACACCUGAGCGCCUACAUCAGAUACCAGGUACACCGCGCGUCCGACGCCGCUGCCGAGCUGCACUGCACGCGCUCAGACUACCUCCUGGCGGCCGAGGCCUUCCGGCGCUCGCUGGUCGCCGUGGCGACGGCGCUGGAGCACGACGGCGGGGCGCGGCUGGUGGACCUGUCCCACGGACACUGCUGGGCCGUCGCUGAGGGAGCGGCCCCCGCGGGCCCCUGGAGGGACGUGCUGGGGCCCUGCGGGUGUGGGGCCACCCCCCCCCGGGGAGGGCUGGAGUGGAGCCCUCUCAGCACGGAGCACCCCGCCUUCUCACCGGCGCCCCCUGUGGCCACAGACGGCACUGACGCCCAGCCGCGAGUGCUCGACUCGUUUCCCGCCAAGCGCAACGCUCUGCAGGUCGCCGUGGAGACAGCCAAUCUCAUCCUGGACCUGAAGUACAUCGUCCAGGAUGUCAACUGA